AUGCUCAAGUCUAUUGUAUCCUGCGUCCUGGCCGUCGCGGCUUUGGCCUCAGCUGAGCCUAUCCCCCGUGACCUUGAGUCGCGUGCCGAUUCAACCUCGAGUGGUAACGCAAACUUUGACCGACUGCCAGCUCAAGACCACCCCGUGUACCCCAUUGGCUACUAUGGAGGUCUCUACUGGACUGGCAUCUACGCCGUAAACGCCAGCGACACCAGCGAGGGACUCAUCCCCAAGUCCCUCCCCAACAUUGCCUCGUUCGGCUCCGUGACGGCCGACCUGCCCAUCAUCUCGAGCGUCUUCCAGGGCACCAAGGUCAACAGCUUCCAGCUCAGCUCGCUGUACUUUGGGUGCACGGACGAGGCCGGCCGCGUGCCGGUCGCGUGCAAGGUCUCGGUCUACACCUAUGACAAGCUGCUCAACCAGCUCUCGUACUCGCCAUUUUACUUUGCCCCCCAGAGCAACAGCACCUCCAAGCUCGUCUUUGCCGAUUUGAGCGCCACCCCGGCCGGCGUCAGCUAUGCCCGCUUCGUCGUCAAAUUUGUCGUGGGCUACCGGGGACUCGCGUCCAUUGAUAAUGUCAAGUACUCCAUUACUACCAAUGGUACCACUGAUGCCAAACUUCUCGUCGCGUCGUGA